AAAUUGUCUACAUUGGUACAUUAAAUCCUCAACACCUUCAUGUUUCGAAAUUGAUGCUCAACAAUGGAAAGCACGUACUAUGUGAAAAACCUUUGACUCUUAACUCCAAGCAGUGUUCUGAGUUAAUAGAACUGGCGGAGAAAAAAAAUUUGUUCCUUAUGGAGGCCGUUUGGAGUAGAUGCUUUCCAAUUUAUGAUGUGAUUAAGAAAGAAAUCGAAUCUGGAAAUAUCGGAGAUGUCAUGCAAGUUAUUGUUAGUUUUGGAUUCAAGUUGGAUCAAGUGGACAGGGUCAGUUUAAAACGAUAUGGAGGUGGCACUAUAUUUGAUUUGGGAGUAUAUGUUCUUGAAUUUGCCAGUUUUAUAUUUAAUGGCGAGGAACCUACUGUCAUUAAAGCAGCAGGACACUUAAAUGAUGAUGGCGUUGACGUAUCCGUUUCUGCAACAUUAACAUAUAAGAAUAAGCGUACCGCAAUAGUUUUGACACAUUCUAUCGUAAAAUUAGAAAACGAGGCUCAGAUUAUCGGUACAAGGGGCACAAUUAAGGUACCAGACUUCUGGUGUCCAAUCAAAAUUGAGCUACCCACAGGAAAGGUCGAAAUACCGUUACCAAAAGCAGCACAUCUAUUCAACUUUUACAAUAGUGCAGGUUUGCGCUAUGAAGCCAUCGAAGCUCGCGCUUGUCUGAAAGCUGGUAUGUUGUUGCAAGACAUUCUGUAUGCUGUGCGUUUUCCAUUUACUCAAGGUGAACUGACAUAA